CAUGGCCGGGGCGCCCGCUGCGCUGCUGCGGCCGGCGCUGCUGCUGCUGCUGCUGGUGCUGUUUGCCGGCCGGCCCGCUCUCGCAGUAUCGUUUUAUGGUGAUAGCUUUGUGAAGCUGAACAUGGCAAAAGCAUCCCCUCAGACAUCCUUACAGUUGCAGUUUCGAACAAGCAAGCCACAGGGACUGCUUCUUCUUGCAGCUGGGAAGACAGAUUAUUGUUUAAUGGAGCUACGCUCAGGAUAUGUACAACUGAGAAUUAACUUUGGUGUGGGGGAGCGAGUACUUCAUUCUCAGCAAAGAUCUCAGCUGAAUGAUUUAGCCUGGCACCUGGUUGAACUACAUCAUGAACAAGAUAAUGUCACAUUGGUAAUUGAUAAACAUGACAGAGCUAGUACAAAAAUGCCUGGAAUUCUUUAUGAAUUAAAUAUUGAUUAUGGAUUCUACAUAGGUGGUACUGGUAAACUUGAUGUUCCCUACCUUGUUGGAGCACUACCCAGUUUCCGAGGAUGUAUUGAUGAUGUGUUAUUCAAUCAGUUAGACAUUCUGAUGCCUCUGAGACCUUCUCCUGGCUUCAAAAACAUCCAUGAAGUUUCAGUGGGGUGCAGUGACGAAUUCUUUGCAGGUGAAGAAGAACCCAUUAGUUUCUUCAGUUCCAGGUCCUAUAUUUCUUUCCCAUCAUGGAAUGUGGACGAUGAGGGAAUCUUCGAGUAUACCUUACAAACCUCAGCUGCACGUGGCUUGCUGCUUUACCACCCUGGGCAAACGGGAGAUUUCAUUGCUAUGGAAAUGGAAGAUGGUUUAAUUAAAGCUUACGUUGGAAAACAUAACAGUAGAACCCAUCUUUCCUCUCGUAGGUCAGUCAAUGAUGGUCAUUGGCACUACAUCAAACUGAAAUUUACUGCACAGUAUUUGCAACUAACACUGGAUGAAGAAACUGUGAAAAAAUCAUUACCUCCCCACAGUAAUUUGCCAGUUCUGAAGGGAUCCCUCUUUGUAGGUGGUGCAGAUGACAACAUACGAUCAGAAGUGAUUAAGUUAAUCUCAGUAUCUGGGAAGUACGCCAGAGGAGGAUCCUUCAAAGGCUGCUUAAGGAACCUGAAAGCCAACUCAGAAAAGAAAUCGCUGAAGAAUGUUCUAGUAACUAAGGACAUUUCAGCUGGAUGUGAAAUACAGAGUGCUUUCAAUACAAAUCUUUCUUUAGAGACAGCUGUAAAGAACCCUCCUGUGAAAGCAGCUCCUGUAUUUGCCAUUUCCCAUGAAAGCUCAAUUUCUCUGGGCAAGGAAGACAAAAGCCACCUUUUAGUUCUUAGUAACUUGAUUGUGCUAGAGGGUGGACAAGCUUCACUUGAAUCUAAGCAUAUUAAAUUUAACUUAGACUUUCAGAAAUUAGGAAUUCAUCAGUCACAAAUUCUUUUUGAUAUAAAGGAACCACCCUCUCAUGGACACUUGAAGCUGAAUGUUGAACCAGUGCGGGAGGUGAAUACAUUUACUAUGCAGGAUGUGUGGCAAGGGAAGAUUCUGUAUGUCCAUGAUGGCUCUGAAGACACUUACGAUAAUUUUAAUUUCUCCAUUUCUACCAGCAGUGAGAAGAUUGUCUCUCCAUAUUUGCAAGGAAACGAGCAGCAUAUGUUUAAAAUUACUGUCACUCCAAUAAAUGAUGCACCUGAGAUCAUACUUCCAGAGGGAAACUUGCUUCUUCUCUUAGAGAACUCAAAGAAAUGUCUGACUAGUGACCUGAUAAAAGUUCUAGACAAAGAUACAGAUUCUGUGGGUCUCAGACUUUCAGUGCUUGGAAAUCUGAAUGCAGAUGCAGGAUUUUUAGAAAAUUCAAAGCAUCCUGGAAAAGCUAUCACUACUUUUUCUAAUGAGGACUUAAGUGAAGGCACUGUUUUCUUUGUCCACACAGGUGUCAAGAACUCAAGGAUUGUUCUCAGGGCAAGUGAUGGUGAGAAGGUGAGCAACACUGUUGUGUUACGUGUCAUGGCAGUUCCUUUGGAUUACAGAGUUGUCAACAACUCAGGAAUAAAUCUUGUCCAAGGUGUUACAGCUCUUAUAAGACCUAGGCAUCUGGCAGUGGAAACAAAUGCUGUCCUCCAGGAACUGGAGAUACGGUACGAGAUCACAGAACCACCUCACUUUGGUGAGGUCCAAAGGCAGCAUUCGAGGGGGGAAUGGAAGCAAGUCAACUCUUUUUCUCAACGCUCUCUUCAGCGCAGCCGUGUGAGAUACUGUAGCACUUUUAAAGACAUUCAGCUGGAAAAUGUUACUGACCAAUUUAAAUUCAAAGUUAGCAUAGGAAACAGAAUCAGUGAAGAGCACACAUUUCCAAUCAAAGUGAAAUGGUUAAGGUACAGUCUAUUGAAACAUGCUCCUCUAGAAAUUGAAAAAUCAAAAAAGAAGUACUUGAAUUCUGAUAGUCUUUUUGCUGUGAUUGCAGAUCUAGAAGUACCUGAAGAUGAGCUUCAUUUUAAACUUCUGUCCCUACCGAAGAAUGGACAGAUACUGCUUAAUGAUCAGCCUUUGCAAAAAGAUUCAGUCUUUACCCAGAAAGAUAUUACUGAUCGAAAAGUGGCAUAUGAAUUAAUCAGCGGGUACCAUGAAGACUAUGAUUCAUUUAGAUUUCUCAUUUCUACAAAGUAUCUGGAGUCAAAUUUCUAUGACUUUGAAGUCUACAUCAAAUCAGAUUUCAGAAACAUUAUUUUGACUAACAAUGGCCUUAAUGUUACUGAAGGGGAAGGAGAAUUAAUAACAAGCACGAAAUUGUUUGUGCAAACACCAGAUAAUAAAACUUUCCAAUAUGAAGUUAUACAGUUUCCUAAGCAUGGGAAAUUAAAACUUACUAAUUUUUCUGGUUCAUUUGAGAAUAAUGGCAGUCUUACAACUUUCACUAAUAAAGAUAUAACUGAUAAGUGCCUUAUGUAUGUGCAUGACGAUUCUGAGACUGUGUUUGACGAAUUUCUUGUCAAAGCUUCCAGCAAAGAGUUAGGAAAGGGGACAAACUUUGAUCCAGAAGUGGAACCUUUGUCAGUAGAAAUUAGAUUCUACAUUUCUGUCCAGCUGAAGAAUGAUGAGAAACCAGUUCGCAUAAUUGAUAAGAUAUUUAAUGUAGUGAGAAACGGGCAGCGAUUGUUAACUUUGGCAGAUCUUUGCUAUCAUGAUCCUGAUUCUGAUUUUGAUGAUGGACAGUUGCUAUAUACUAGACGUGGUAUUUCCAAUGGGGACUUGGUGCUAACAAAUGAUACUUUGCAUAGACUCUACCAAUUCAAACAAGUGGACAUGGAGCAAAAGCAAGUCCUGUUUAUGCACCAUGGUGCAGAUUUUGGGCGUUUUGUGCUUUUUGUGACAGAUGGCAAGCACUAUACUUCUUUGCUUCUGGAAGUUAAUGCCACUGAUCCUUAUGUUAGCUUGGCAAAUAAUACAGGAUUAUUGGUUCAAAAAGGUAAGGAAGAAACUGUUUCAACAGCUAACCUAAGUGCUACUACAAACCAAGACAUAAGAAAUGAUCAUGAGCUUACAUAUGAGAUACUCUCUUUUCCAAAAUAUGGAAGAAUAUAUGUGAAUAAUCUAUUAAUGGAUUCCUUUACUCAGCUUGAUCUGAUAAAGGGGCAUGUGACCUACAGACAUGAUGACAGCAACAACCUUUUUGACACAUUUGACUUCACAGUCCGUGCUGGAGAUGUCCAUCUGGAUGCUGGACUGCAGGUUCGCAUGUAUUUGGAAAGUCAUCAGCAGCCACCAAGGAUUGUGAACAAAAACAAUCUCUUGGUUGAAGAAGGAAAACCAGUUAAAAUCAGUAAAGGAAAACUGCAGGUUGUUCAUGAAAAUAGUUCUCCAUCUGAGAUUGCGUUCACAGUAAGACAGUUUCCAGUACACGGAUACAUUCGGAAGUUUUCCUCAGAAGAAAGUUAUCUCAGUUCUGACCAGAGGCCAGCUUUGAGCUUCACGCAGCAAGAUGUCGACGAGGGCAAAGUUCAGUAUGUGCAGACAGUUUCUGACCAACUAGAUGACCAUUUUGUUCUGGAUGUGACCAAUGGUGUCAGAACAGUGAAUGGAAUAGAGAUCUCUGUAGACAUCAUCCCCAGAAUGAUUCCACUGGAAGUACAGAACUUCACAGUAAUUGAAGGGGGCUCAAAAGCCCUGGUGGAAGAUAAUCUAAAAAUACCUAGUAAACACUUUGCAGGACUCAGCUGUGAAUUCAUUUUAACUGAGCAGCCAAAACAUGGGUAUGUUGAAAACUCUCGUGUUCCUGGAAUAAAGUUAACCACGUUUACUAGAAAACAGGUGGAACAAGAAUUAAUCUACUAUGUUCAUGAUGGCAGUGAAGAACCGAUGGACAAUUUUACUGUGGUGGUAAAUAACACGGAGUUGUGGAAACAAAGUUUGCCCCAAGCUGUGUUUGUAACUGUUACUGCAGUAAAUGAUGAAGCUCCUGUUGUAAAAGUAAACAGAAUUCUUCAGGUCUGGGUGGGUUCAGUCACAGAAAUAACUGUUGAUGACCUCUGUGCAGAAGACAAGGACUCCUCACCAUUAGAACUUGUGUAUUCCAUUACUCCACCUAGCAAUGGGCACUUGGCUCUGAAGUCUUCUCCAAACAAGAGCAUCCUUACUUUUACCCAGGCUCAUAUAAUUAAAGGACAGCUGGUAUUUGUACACAAUGGAGCAAUGUCUGGAGGCUUCAACUUUCAGGUGACAGAUGGUUUGAACUUUGCACCCCAACAGAUUUUUACCAUCACAGCUCGGACGCUGGUCAUUAGCCUUGAAGUGAACAAAGGUCUCGGAGUCUUUCCAGGUUCCAGGAAACCUAUUUCACAACAUGAUCUGAAAGCUGUAACCAAUGACGUGACCAAUGCAGGAAACAGACCUAUAACUUUUGUAAUUGUAACUUCCCCAAAACUUGGAAAGCUGAUCAGAGUAGAUUCUGAUGAUACCACUCAGGAAAUCUUCAGUUUUACUCAGUCUAUGGUUGAUGAAGGUGUGAUCAUGUAUGAACACUUACAUGCUGAGUUGGCUGGCUGGAGUGCAGAAGAUUUCUUUGCAUUUACUGUCUCCUCUCCACCAUCAGCUCUGGAUAUCCAGGUGUUCCGUGUUGUCAUUUCAUAUGAAAUUGCCAGGCAUGAUCAGAAUAGUCGUCUUCUAGCAAAUACAGGUGCCAUAGUCCAGGAAGGAGGUAGAGUAUUAAUCAACAAAACAAAUUUAGAUGCUUCAAACCUAUUGAUUAAGCUACCUGAUGUACAGCGCUCCAUGUAUGAAGUCUGGUAUCAGGUUGUGUCUUUACCCCAACAUGGCAUGAUUGUUGUUGGAGAACGAAACGUUACCAAAGAAAAACCUAACUUCUCCCAAUACAUACUGAACAAAUUUGGAAUUAUGUACAUACAUGAUAAUUCUGAAUCUCUAAAUGACAAUUUCACUUUUGCCGUUUGGUUAAACCUAAAGAGCAAGCCUGCUACAAAGCCUCGUAGUGAAGUUUUAGAGGAAAUGUUUAAUAUCACUGUUUUCCCAGUGAAUGAUCAAUCUCCAGAACUGAAGACUAAAAGACUGCACUUGAAAGUCCUGCAGGGAGAUGUGUUAAUGCUGGGGGCAGAGAAUCUGAAAGUUGAAGACUUAGAUAAUGCCCCAGCUGAGCUGAAAUACACCAUUGUUAGCAACCCAAAUAAUGGUUACUUAGCAAUGAAAAGCAAUCUCAGUGUCUCUAUAAAAGAUUUCACACAAGCUGAUGUUGACAGUGGUAAAGUUUGGUUUGUACAGGACGGAAGUUCAUCUUCUGGGGUGUUUUAUUUCAGUGUGAGUGAUGGUAAACAUCGGCCUUUAUACAAACUCUUCAGUCUGGAAGUCGUACCAAUUGCUCUUGUCCUAGUCAACCUUACCAAUGUUGUGCUGCCACAGGGCCAGACAUCUGUCACUAUUACUGAUGUUCAGCUUGCAGCUGUCACAAAUGGAAAAAGCACUAAUAUUAUGUAUGAAAUAACUCAGCCACUCAAAUAUGGGCACCUCAUGAUUGGAAAUGAGCAGGUUACUAGAUUUGAGCAGGCAGAUUUGUCCUCAGGAAGGCUCUCUUACCACCUGAAAAAUCUCACUGCUUCCAGUGAAGUACUGGAGUUUAUGCUUUUCACUGCAGAAGGCAAUCUAACAGGACAAGUGCUGAACAUCACAGCAAAGCCUUUAGUACAAAUUGUAUCUGACCUGCAGAUUUCAAAUCAAGCAACUUACAAAUUUGGAAGUGGUGACCUGGAUGCUUCUGAGCUAGCCAAUUUGACAAACAGUAAUCCUAGAUUUGAAGUGAUAAUGCCCCCCUCUCAUGGAAGGAUUGUAAAGAAAAGGUUUGUGAAUGAUGCAGUGUUGGAAGAUAUUCAGACGUUCACCCAGGCUGACAUUGAUAGUGGUGUUUUGCUUCUAGACAUAGACACAAAUAUGACAGGCAUUGAUCUGUUGAAUGACUCAUUUACAUUUAUCCUCAGGGCAGAUGCUGUGCAGCCUGCUGUUGGCUGUUUUCAGUAUUCCAUUGUGCCACACAGUCCUGCACUUGUUCAGGGUUUUACAACAGAAGUGCCUUUUGUAACUAGCAUGACCACUUUCAAGGCUCACUCUACCUCAAAGGAUGAGGCCCCAGCCUCCUCACAGAAUGAAGAGCCUGCAAUAGCACCACAGAAGACUGAACCAACGAUGUGGCCAGGGCAGAAUCACUGGGGAAACCUACAUGAGGAAGGUCCAUUGCUAAACCUGGCAGUGGGAACAAGUGUAUCUGUGGAGUUGAAGACUACAAACCAGGUUAGUGCCAAGAGUCCCAGAGAGCAGGGAGGCGAAAGCAACCUUUGGUACAUCAUUAUCCCCCUGGUCCUUGUGUCUGUGCUGCUCAUUGUUGCUGUUACUUCUGUGUGCAUUUUGUUAAUGUGUCAGAAAAAAGAGAAGACAAAACCUCCAGUCAGAAGUCAAACAGAUGGAAUCCUCAGCAGUGCAGAUCGAUGUCUGGAACGGAGCUUGACUGUGCCCGCUGUCACAGUGACUCCUCUCAUGAAGGGGGCUGAGAGAAGUACAGCCUCAACAUCUCUGGCAGUAAGACAUGAGCAGCUGCUUCCUACAGUGAUUUCUCCAGCUACAGAAGGGCAUCUGAAAAACAGUUUUUUAAGUCUUGAUCCUGAAAUGAUCCAGUAUUGUCGGAAAACAAACCCAACUUUGAAGCGCAAUCAGUACUGGGUGUAGUUACACCAGUUUUGGUCAUGGUAAUUGAUGUAGUAUGGAACAGUGAAUAUAUAUUGUUGAUAUAAUUUGUUUUUUAUUAUACUCAUUUAUUAUAGGUCACAUGAUACACUGUGUGUUAGAUGAAAUCUAAAUACUUGUGAAAUAAUAAUAAUAAUAAUAAUAAUAAUAAUAAUAAUCCUACUGAUUACCAUGGCCAUAACAGAAGAUUUGCAGUUGGUAUGCCAGCAAAAUUCUCACUUAAUUCAGUGGGGAAUUCGGCCUCAUGGAUUCGGCCUCACCCUACAUAUGCAGUAUUUUUUAUUUCCCAUUGUUCCCAUGUUCUGUCAUGGAUUAUAUAUUUUUAAUAGAAUUGUUGGUUUGUUUUUCUUAAAACUAGUUUUGCUAUAAAGGUCUUUUAUUCCUUCUGAAUCACUACUUUUCUUUGAAGAAUUUCAAAUUGUUUCAAUAAGUAAUUUCCAUGGUGCUAAUUUCAGUAAUGUAAUUUUGACCUGAAGGCUGUUCAGAGGCCAAUACUAAAGAAAUAAAACUCUUACUAUUUUGAUGGGUCACUGAACUGGAUAUCCAGAAUUCAAAUUCAGCAACAAUAAUACAGCAGUGAAUAAGGGUUCUGGUGGAAUACUGUGAGAUGUUGUUUGUUCUUUUGGUUUCUUUUUUCCUUAUUUGAUAGUGAACUCUAGCCUUUAGUGUCUGAAAACUAGUAAGAUACAUCCUUUACCUCUACUCCACAUGGCAAAAACUGAGUGUCAGUCAGCCUGUCUGCUUAAUUACCUUUAGGUUUAGAUGUGCAUAAAAUUAGUCUGGAUGUGCAUAGAAUUUCCUGCUUCUGAGAAAGGGCUAAAUUCUGCUUUCAGUGAAGCAAGCACAACUUUCUUCGGAGUCUGUGUACUCAAGCAGAUGGCAGUAGAAUCAAGUCGUGGGCUGCAUACUGUCGUAUGUCCUGGAGCUACUGACAGAAGCAAUCCUGCAAUGUAGUAUGUAUCCUCUUCUGAAGUUUCAGUUUACCCUUCAUCUUCUGGAACACUGAACAAAUGUGCCUUAUACACUACUACCAAGUGCUACUUACUCCAGCUUUGCUCUGGUGAUAAAAUGUGCAAUAAUUUCUGUGCAAAGGGAAUAUUUUUGUAUUUUUGGAAAUCCAAGCUCAGUAGUGAUGUGCAGUCUCCAGUAAAGGUCCAGUUUUAUUUCCACUGAGAGCAAAUAAUAAAAUUCCUAUUGACUAAGAAGAAUGAACUGACUUCAAGGGAGUGGUGCUGUGAUCAUAACCAGUCUCAUAGUAAUACUAAACUUCCCAUCUGUUUUUUGCCUUUAAAUUGUUACAGCUUCCAGCCAGCCUCUUUGUAAAGACUGUUCUCAGCAGUCUCAGCACUGCACUCACUCAGUAAACACUGGAAUACCAUUUUUAUUUAGACCUAGGUGCUGCCAUUUUUGCUUUUAUAGAACGUAUUUAUGGGCCUCAAGAUCCUUGGUGCUAUUCAUUUCACACUACUUUAUUUUGGAUGAAUUUUUUUGGAUGAAUUGUUGAUGAUUAAGUGUGUUUCUGUCAUUUAUCGAUGGCAAUUAUGGGAAAUUUUCACCCACAGGGAGGGCCAGAUGUAAACUCUGCUUGCUGCUGUGUUCUGAAAGCUGAACACAGUAGCAGUGGGGGUAGUCCUCAUCUUUGCAACCUCUGCCAUGGGCAGACAUGAUUGUGGUGCAUUUUUCAGAGCCCACUUCAAGAAGAGUAGUCCAUGUCACUGGAAAAUAUACAAGCCACAUCUUAAGCAGAUCAAAUUAUUAGAGCACUAGAGACUAAAGAUAUGAACCCUUCAAAUGCUCAAACUAAGAUGUAUUAGCGAACUGGUCAUACAGUUUUUACAUCUGUCAUUACCAUAUCUUCCCUGAAGUGAGUGUGGGAGUUCAAGUAUGUGAUCAGUGUAAAGGGCUCUGGAUGUUCAGGUGUCUUAGGUGGAUCACUGUAGAUCUGCGUGGUGGACCUUUUCUGCUUUCCCAAAGUUCAUCUCUGGGACUGUUCUGAGCAGCUCUCAGCCAGAGAGGUGGUGUUGCCAGCCACCACAGGGACACCCCUGCACCUUCUGUGGAGGUACAGCCAUAUGUCUCUUGCCAUUUCCUGGAACCCCUUCUGCUAACAUCAAGCAGACACCAGCUUCCUCCAGGUCCCAGCUGUCAGAUGCGGCCUGCCUCUGAUGCCUUCUAGACAGUAGCAGCAACCUGAUCCCUUGACACCUUCUCCAGGCCACACUCCAAGGAGGAGUAAAGAAUUUUAAUCCCAACACUUUCCUGACACGUGAAGAAGCCUGCCUCGCAUUUUGCUGUCAACAGCAAAAGAGACUUCCUGCUCCAAUACCUACCAAGCAGUGUGCCUACAAUUCAGUACCAAAAUAAUGCACUGCUGAAAACUCCUGGAGUCUGGUGACAAAAUCCAUAGUCAGCUUGUGAAAGGCUGAACAAAAAUACAGAAAUGAAAUGUGUUCUUCAUGAGAUUUUGCUAGGUGUAUUGGUGUCAAGACGGGUGUGCCUAAAUUUGUGGUGCUCAGUGUGCAGUGGAGAUGGAACGUAGGGCUGAUGUAGUGCUGCUGAUGAAAAAAAUGAGACCAUGACAUAAUAGUAAAAAAACCCGCAGUGCAAUUACAACUCCACAAUUGAAUGGGCAUUCUUGAGCUUGAGCAUUUCCAUGCUAGGACAAAAACACUCCAUGAAAACAUCAAAAAAGGUGGUAGAAUUUGUGCUGGCUUUUGGCUUUAGCAUAAGGAGCUGAAAUCUUGCUCUGUUUUGGAAAUGGUUUUGGUUUACAACAGAUUUUCAAGUAGAUUAGCCUUUAUGGGGUUGUAUCUUGAGCAUCUGGCUCAAGCAUUGAGGGGGUUUUUUCAGUUUUGGUUUUGUUUUUUUAGUUAAAAUCAGCCUAAACUUCACUGAUUAAUCAGUGAAGUGUGCCAGCAUUCAGUUCUCUUACUCAGUUUUUGCUGCAGUGAGACAACUGUGCCUGCCAUAUUAUGUAAUGCAUGGAUGAAAACUUUAUAUGGAUGUAAGUUUUAUUGUUAAUCAGUGAUUACUUGGGUUAAUGCAAAAUGCAGAGGUAAUAUUGUAACUGGUAACUACAUAUGAAUUUAGCUUUAAAAUCCCACCCUGAAUCCCUUGUUUAAAAAAAAAAAAAAAUUAAAAAUCUGAUUAUGUUAAACUUUCCCUGUGGACAGUGCAGAAUAGUCUUUGGCAGAGGAUGGUUUAUCUUGUUCAUACAUAGAUAUUUACUAUAGAUGAGAGACGUCUGCUCUGGCUUCGCUAGAAGUCCAGGUCUGAGAUGAUAAAAACUAGCUAGGGUGAAUCUCAUACUGGGUUUCCUAAAUUACUAUGGAUCUAGAAAAUGAAAGAUUUGCCCAUUUCAUGCUUAUGAAUUCUUUUGCAGUUCUAGGAACACAUAUUUUAUGGUUGGAAUCUGGCUUGAAUAUUUUGGUUGUUUCACUUGGCCUUGAAGCUGUGUAUUGUAUUUACUGAAGGUGGGGUUUGUGAAGGAUUCCCCUUUUUACCAAAUGGAGUUCUAAACUGCAACAUGGAAGUGCCUUGAAAACAUAUAUUAAAUCAAUAAACCAUUUUGUUUAUAAUCCA